GACAACCAUUAUUCGUUUCGCACCAUCAAGAUUGCAAGAUGCCUUGUUGGUAUUUUGAGAAGAAAGAGAUCAGAAAUACUCCUUCCAUUCAAGAUGGACUUGAUCACGCUACAGAGGCUCGCUACAGAAGGGAAGGCGCCCGUUUUAUCAUUGAUGCAGGAACAAAAAUGGGAUUGAGAUAUGACACAUGUGCCACUGGAGUUGUAUAUUUUCACAGAUUCUACAUGUUUCACUCUUUCAAAGAAUUUCAUCGAUAUAUUACAGCAGCUUGCUGUCUUUUCCUUGCCGGGAAGGUGGAAGAAACACCCAAGAAAUGUAAAGACAUUAUCAAAGUGUGCCAGUCUCUGCUGUCCCCGCAGCUCUUUACUGUGUUCGGGGCGGAUCCAAAGGAAGAGGUGAUGACCAUGGAGAGGAUCCUGCUACAAACAAUCAAAUUCGAUCUUCAAGUGGAACAUCCUUACGGAAUCCUGCUCAAGUUUGCCAAAGUCUUGAAAGGAGAUAAAGAAAAAAUACAGAAAUUGGUGCAAAUGGCCUGGACAUUCAUCAAUGACAGUCUGUGUACCUGUCUCUGUUUGCUGUGGGAGCCUGAGAUAAUCAGCGUCUCGUUGAUGUAUCUCGCUACACGUCUGACAAAGUUUGACAUUCAGGACUGGCAUGGUCGCGUUCCUGGGACGAGGAUUAAGUGGUGGGACUUCUUGGUGGAAGAUAUCACAGUGGAACUCAUGGAGGAUAUUUGUCACAAAGUGUUGGAUCUGUAUUCCUCUAACCCCCAGUCUCAGAUGUGUGAAGAUUCUCCCCCGACCACUCCUGUCAAGAAGAGCGAGGUCAGGAACACACCACCCCCGCCCCCUCCCAAUAAACGCAGCAACACAGCUACACCAGUGGAAGGAAUACCAGAGAAAACUGUGAAGAAAGAGCGGAAGCCUGACCCACAUCACACCGCAUUAGCCGACAUCCGCCUCCCCAAACAUUCCUCCUCAUCUUCAUUCAAACAGACCCCAUCCUCAGACAGUGGGCACCCUGUGACAAAGACCCCCACUACCAGUAUCCCCAUGCCCCCAAUGACAGGUGCCCCUCUCUCAGGUCUGGCCAGCACAAACCCAGAGUUCUCUACAUUUAAUCCUUACAUGGCCUCUCAUAUGUUUUCAUCAUCUUUCAUGUCCCAGGAAGGGAGCAAGUCCAUACAGACCUUAAUGGGAGGGGGACCCCAAGGAAAACAAGCCCCUGUCCCAGAAAAUUAUCCUCCCCAACCAAAUUCUGCAGCCCCAGUAACAGUGCCAGGAGGUCAGUAUCCACCCCAAGCCUCCCAAUAUCCUUCUCAGUACCCCCCGACCUCUAACUAUGCCCCGCCUGCUAAUGCCCCCUACAGCCAGCCACCCCCCACUGGUGCCUCUUAUUCUGUCCCCCCUCAUGGGACUUAUCCUUCAGCUCCCAAUGCCCCAGCACAACCACAGUCGUACAAUGUCCCCAUGACUACUCCCCAGAGUUAUCCCCCAGGGACUUACCCCCCAAACUAUCAGCCCCAGGCUUAUCAGUAUAACAGCCAGCCACAGCAGCCCCCUCCCCAGACUGGGAACUACCCCCAGAACAUGAACUACAACCCGCCCCCACAGCCACCGGCUCCCCAACAGUAUCAGCAGCAGCCCGUGUUAAAUCCCAGGAUCCCAAUGUCAGGGGCACCUGUUCCUCCCAGAAUGCCAAACCAACAGGGCCAGGCUCGUACUCAGAAUCCCUCAAACUCUGGAGGACUCACAGUGAGGAUAUCGGGGAGGAGGUAGAACAGUAGAACAGUUCAUGUGCUGAUAUUUUUUUUAUUGCAAGAAAGGGAUAUAAUUUUGUACAAAUGAUGUUAAAGAAGAAAUGGCUUUCAAACAAUUUUUUUAUUAAAAAAAAUCAAGGCAUUAAAGAACUAUAACAAAAUGA